CGCUUCCGGGAGGAUGUGCGUGCGCGGCGCCCGGCAGCCAAUCAGAGGGCGGGGCGCGCAUUCAAACCGCGGGCCGGCGGCGGAGGCGUGAGCGGCGCGGGGCGGCCUGAGGCCUGCGAGAUAAUUUUGGAAACUGAUGCAUAAGAAAUGGCCGGAAGUCAAAUGAACGUCCAAAGAAGAGGUUAAAUUUUCCUCAGCAAUAUCCUUUUUUAAAAAUAGCUCGCUGCCACAAUGUCCGUUGACGCCGCACGUGGUGGAAAUGGCAGCGGUAUCCUUGGUGUCCCUGCUUCCCCGGAGAGUUCAUCGCUGCGUGUCCUCCCCUCCGGGAGCCGGCCGAAGCUGCACUCCAAGUCGGAUGUGUUGGGAUGUGAACGCGAUGAUCUGCUAUUGAGAUCCGCAAGCAAAAUCAGAGACAUAAACAGCACUUACGUUAUUUCUGCCUGUAAAAAACCGGAGGAUACACCCCUUCUCCCUAACCCUGUGGGUCGAUUGACUCUUCAGAGAAGAGCGACACGGAGCAAAGACUCCUCUUUGCUUGGUCGUGAGUUGGGAGACACGACCUUGAAAACAGCAGAAGCCCGACUUGUGCUGCAGCGUCGGGUGAAGACAGAUUCUGCGGAAAAGUGGAGAACAACGCAGAAUGUGGCAGGCAAGGCAGAAAAUCAUUGUGCUUCUCCAGAAACUAGUAUAAAUGUAAAAACUGCAAAUAGCGUUAAAAACGUUCUUGCUGCGCCUUCUGUAUCAUUAGCUGCAGAUCCAAAAGACCUUGAAAUGAAGGCUGGUGGAAAAUGCAAAGAAACGCUUUCUGCCCUCAGAGGGGCAGAUGGAAAUGUUACCCUUAAGUCCCUAAGCAAUAGAGCACCCACUGGCUCCCAGAGUCAGACUGAAGCUGUUAGGUCAGGACGCCUGACAGCAAAACCUGUUCAGAGCAAGUCAGACAUCAAAGUGUCAGGAGCAGGGAACUUAUAUCACAGGAGUGCUGGGACGGAUGCUGCGAAACUUUCACGUAAACUUGAAAGCUUAGAGAAAAGAACCCCUUCUAGGGUUCCUGCAGAGCACAGGUGGACACCAAAGCGAGGCCUUCCUCAGCUCAAGAGCCCUGCUCUGCCGGGUCUGAAAAGCAACGUGCCUGCCCUUCAAGCUCAGCAAAUGCCAAAAAGUUCUCUUCUUGCAAAUAAGAGGGAAAGGUCACGAGAAAAUACAUUCCUUCUUGAAGAAGAAACUGCACUUCAGAAAACCUCUACAGAAAGAGACCCCCUAAAAGUGGAGAACAGUCAAGUGACCGUGGCGGUCAGAGUCCGGCCUUUCAGCACACGAGAGACGCGUGAAGAGGCAUCGCAGGUCGUCUUCCUGAACGGGGAAGGAGUAGCUGUGGAGCAGCCCGGCCUGAGACAGGUGUUCAGCUUUGCUUACGACCUUUCCUUCUGGUCCGUUGAUGCGCGUCACCCCCACUUCGCCAGCCAGGCGGCCGUGUACCAGGCGCUGGCAGCCCCGCUGCUGGAACAGGCCUUCCAGGGCUUCAACACCUGUCUCUUCGCGUAUGGUCAGACUGGCUCUGGAAAGUCCUACACGAUGAUGGGCUUUAGUGAAGAACCAGGAAUAAUUCCAAGAUUUUGUGAAGGUCUUUUUGCUGAAAUAGCCAAAAAACAAACCCAAGAGGUCAGCUAUCACCUUGAAAUGAGCUUCUUUGAAGUAUAUAAUGAAAAAAUUCACGACCUUCUGGUUUGUAAAGCUGAAAAUGAGCAGAGAAAGCAAACACUGAGAGUGCGGGAGCACCCGGCCUCCGGCCCCUACGUCGAGGGCCUGUCCACGAAUGUUGUCAGUUCUCACUCUGAUAUCCAGAUUUGGCUGGAACUGGGAAAUAAGAGGAAGGCGACCGCGGCCACCGGCAUGAACGAUAAAAGCUCCCGCUCUCACUCCGUGUUCUCCCUGGUGAUGACCCAGGCCAAGACAGAGCGUGUGGAGGGGGAGGAGCUGGAGCACAGAGUUCGGAGCUGCGUGAACCUGGUGGACCUGGCGGGCAGCGAGCGCUGCGCCGGCAGCCAGCCCGGCGGGGCGCGGCUGCAGGAAGGCGUGAGUAUCAACAAGUCCCUGCUGACCCUGGGGAAGGUGAUAUCUGCGCUGUCCGCGCAGGCCAGCGGGAGGAGAGCCUUCGUCCCUUACCGCGAGUCUGUCCUCACGUGGCUGCUAAAGGAGAGCCUGAGCGGGAAUUCCAAAACGGCGAUGGUCGCCACGGUGAGCCCGGCGUCCAGCAGCGUGGAGGAGACGCUGAGCACGCUGAGGUACGCCGCCCAGGCCCGCACCAUUGUCACCGCCGCCAGGGUCAACGAGGACGUGAGCGCCAGGCUCAUCCGAGAAUUGAAAGCGGAAAUUGAAAAGUUAAAAGCUGUUCAAAGAAACAGUCAGAACAUUGACCCUGAACGAUAUAGGCUCUGUCGGCAAGAAAUAACAUCCUUAAGAAUGAAGCUGCAUCAGCAGGAGAGAGACAUGGCAGAGAUGCAGAGAAUGUGGAAAGAAAAACUUGAACAAGCUGAAAAAAGAAAACUUCAAGUAACAAAGGAGUUACAGAAAGCAGGAAUUACAUUUCAAGUGGACAACCGUUUGCCAAACCUGGUCAAUCUCAAUGAAGACCCUCAGCUGUCGGAGGUACUGCUGUACCUGAUCAAGGAGGGGACCACCACGGUCGGGAAGUGUCAGCCGAACUCGAGCCACGACAUCCAGCUGUCAGGCGUGCUGAUCGCGGACGAGCACUGCACCAUCCACAACGUUGGCGGGACAGUGAGUGUCCUCCCGGCGGGGGAAGCAAGGACGUACAUAAAUGGGAGACUCAUCUCGGAACCCACGGUGUUGCAUCACGGUGAUCGGGUGAUUCUUGGUGGCGAUCAUUAUUUUAGAUUUAAUCAUCCAGCGGAGGUCCAGAGAGGGGAGAGACCGCCCAGUAGAGAGACUCUGAGGAGCGAGGGUCCAAAAGACUUUGAGUUUGCCAAAAAUGACUUGCUCACGGCGCAGAGAUUACAACUCAAGGCAGAAAUGCGGGAGGCGCAGCUGCGGGCGCAGGAGGAGAUGCUGCGGGGCGUCCAGAUCGCGCGGGAAGUGGCUCAGCGGGAGCUCUCCUCCCAGAAGGCUGCCUAUGAGGGCAGGAUCAAAGUCCUGGAGGCCGAGCUGAAAGAAGAAUCUCAAAGGAAGAAGAUCCAGGAAAUAAAUAACCAGAAGGCUCAUCACAGAAUUGAAGAACUAGAAGAGGCAAAGCAGCGUUUUGAACAGGAAAUCUACGUCAACAAAAAGCGGUUAGAAAUGGAGACUUUGGCUACAAAACAGGCUUUAGAAGACCACAGGAUCCGCCAUGCAAGAAUUCUGGAAGCUUUAGAGGCCGAGAAGCAAAGAAUUGCUAAGGAAGUGCAAAUGCUACAGCAGAACCAGAGUAACAGGGAUGACACUUCCACAAUUCAGCCCAGUUGGAGUGCCAUGAAACUCUCUGUGAUGAUUCAGGAAGCCAAUGCCAUCAGCAACAAGUUAAAAAAGAAUUAUGUUUUUGGCAGAUAUGUUGUAUCAGAUAAAGGAAGUAGUUCUGACACUUGUAUUCGGGUUCGUAACCUGCAGCUGGGGGUCUCAACUGUCUGGAGUCUGGAAAAGUUUGAAUCUAAGCUUUCGGCAAUGAAAGAACUUUAUGAGACUCAUGGUAGUAACAAGGGUGAAGAUGUCUUUUGUGACCCUGAAGAUGAAUGGGAGCCCGACAUUACAGAUGUUCCAGUUUCUUCAUUCUCCAGAAGGAGGAGCCGGAGUCUGAUGAAGAGCAGGAGGGUCUCCGGCUGUCUGCGCGGCAUCGAGGCCCAGGCGGCCCAGGACGUGCACACGUCACCUGCAUCAGGCUUAGUGGGGAAAUCAAACUCCAUUUACCAAGAUUCAGCAGAACCCUUUCUUCCUGGAGUUUGCAAAGAAUUGAUUGGCUCGUCGUUAGAGCUUCUUGGACACAGUGAUGAUGAAGAGGGCACCGUGGCGGACAGCCUGAUCAGUCAUUUCCUUAAAAUCCAUGACGGGAUACUUGCCGUGUCCAGAGCUCAUGAGGAACAGGACGAAGACAGUCUGAGUAACCUGUUCUCUGACCCAGCAGCCCAGGCCCUCGCUGUGCAGGUGGCGAGCGCCUUCCAGCAGCUCGUGGUGCUGAGCAGACACUGGCCACGCUGCGUCCUCCCCGGGGCCGGGGCCGCUCUGCCGGACGCGCUGAGACAGGAAGCGAGGAAGCUGGGAGGCUGCUUGCAGCUGUUUCUGCAGGGAUGCUCCUCAGAUAUUUCAUCAAUGGUGAAAGAGGCGCAAAAGCAAGUGAUCCAGAUUGUACACCAAGCUGUCAAGUACGUGGGCCAGUUAGCAGCUCUUACUGGGGACCAGCUGCGCUUCCUGGAGAGCAGCGAUCACGGCGCUGCCAGCCUCCAGGAAGAUGUCGUGGGUGCACUUUGUGAUGGCGUAGCCUUGGGAAUGGAGAGUCUCCUAGAUUCCGGACUAGACAGAGUACAAGAACUUAAGCGUGAGCUCCCAAGGCAGAGUCCGCAGGAUGAGGUUACCAAACAGAUGAAAGCUAAUGCCAUGGGAUUGAUUGACUCCCUUGAAAACCUCUUUGCUGAGUGGAAAACAAAAAGCUUCAGAAUUCAAGUACAAGAAGAAAAUUCUGGAUACCAGGAUUUGAAGAAGAUGGUUAAUCUUGCCCCAGAAUUCCUGAAGUUAAAACAUUGCUUAGAGCAAACUGUUCAAAUCAUUAUUUCUGUGCUGAGAGGGCGCCCCGGCCACGGAGCCCUUCUCCAGGACUGCAUCCGGAGCCUGUGCAGCUCGGCCAGGGGUCUCCACGACAACCAGAGCAGGUGCCCUGAGGACAGAGGCGCCGGAGCCUGCCUACGGGAGCUGGAGUCUCGAGCCACCUCGCUCCUCCUGGGUUUUGAAGCUGAAGAAAGACCUGGAUUGUGGGGGGCCUGGGAAGCUUGUGAUCAGGAUCCCAGAGCAGCAGGGCGAGAGCGGCCGGAGUCAGGCAGGCCUGGCCCCCAGAGGGCCCGAGGUGUGCCCAAGCGGGUGUACGAGCUCCCGGGCCCGGCCCCGCGGGGCUCAGAGCAGAGCCUGCUGCCUGCCCAGGAGGGCCCUGGGGAGGGGUCUCCUGCCGCCGGAGAGCAGCGUGGCCACGUCACCGACGCCGAGUCUGCGGGCGGCCUCCCGUUGGGUGUGGACGUGUGAACACUGUGGAUCCUGAUUUCAGAUGCCGCGCGUGCACCCCGAAGUGUCCAGCAGACGAUUUAAAACAGGUGUUUCCCGUAUUGGGACUUGGUGACAAAAGGAUGGAAUUAGGAGUUCAAAGCCGAGUGAGUGCUGCUCUCUCUGGUUUUCCGCUGCCUUGAGUUGUGAAUGGUCACCUUUAACACCGACGUGCUGUCUCUGGUGGGCUCACCAGCCUGUGUGUGAAUGGUUUUGUGGUGACUGUGGUGAUUACGAGGUAUUUCCUGUGAGCGGAAACCUCUGUGCCCGUAUCUUCAGUCCCCUGCAAGUAGCUGUGGAGAGGUUUAUGGUGAAGCUGCCAAAACAAGUGAACCCGGAGCAGCGUAGCCUGCCUCGUGGGACCUGCAGCUCUUUUCUUGAGGGACGGACUGGUUGCCGUUUUGAGCAGUGUGUUCAGGGCGCAGCUUCCUGAGUAUAGUGUAGUUUAUAUUACCGCUGCGGCUUGCCGGCACACCAGUUCGCUUCUUUAUCUAUCGGGGGUUCCACGUUAGGGGCUGUGUGAAUAGAACUGAAAACCAAUUAAAUUUUGCCAGAAUCGCACUCAGCUGUUGCAUGGGGCUGGGAGAUCAGAGGCUGGGUCUUUUCUUGAUAAUGCUUUUCUGAUAAACAUGUAAGGAGAGUUUGCACGUGACCUGAUGAAGAUGAAAGAUCCUUGCUAUAUCCCAUAACCCUUCAUCUACAAUCAGGUGAUAAAGGUAGUAUUGUACUUUGGAGAUCUUCCAUUGAGGAGACAGUUUGACAUUUUUGACUGCAGAAAUGUGUGGAAAUUGAAGAGAUACCCAGGGACUUUGCUUGGGUGAUGUCGAGCAGAACUUGGAGAAGAAUUAUUUUAAGUAACCAGAUCUUUCCCUCUACCCUUCUCACUCGCAGGCACACGGCGCGCUCGGCACGGCUGCUGGGAGGCGGCCGCCGGUGCCUGGGGUGAGUGUGAUGGCUUUGUCGUUGGGCAGAGCUUGCUCUGACACAGGGACCCGUAUUUACUCACGACAUUAGUCAACCGUGUGUUUUCAGCUGCUUUACGAUGGCACAGUGUAACAGACGUGCUUUCGUUUUCUUCUUUUUGGCAUUCGAGCUUAUUAUAUUCUUUCUGAGGUUGCACACGUGUUUGUCACAGUCUCUGCUCUGCCAGGUGGCGCUUUGCUGUCAAGCUUCACAGAGAGCAGGUGUGCAGACACGGACUUUUCCUGAAGGUGGUUCCUCUCUGAAGAACUUCCUAAAGUAUUAGUUUGGUGUGUUUUAGCUUAAUUUUCAGUAUUUAAUCUUUACUUUUGUUUUCUAAACUCGACUUCAUUGGUCAGAAACCUUUUAUUGUCUUUGUAAACUUUUGUAUGUACAUAUAUUUAUACUCUGGGGUGUCACAGUGUUUGAACCAUGAUGGAACAUACACUGGCGCUUAGAAUCACGUGGCUGAUAAGACGUUGUAAUAAAGGGAAGUGCC